AAGACUGGCAAAAUUUUUUUUUGAACCGCACAAAAGUGAAAAAAAUCUUUAAAAAUCUCAAGAAUCCAAAAGAAAUAUAAAAUCUAUUCACUAGUUUCUGAUUGCAAAUACAAUUAUUAAUAGAAAUCAAUACAACUGAUUUCAAAAGACAAUAUUCUUAACGCUUCUAUGGCCUUAAAUGGAAUCUUCUUCGACAGCCAGUUUACCCCAGAUGCACACGAUAACAAACCUCGCCUCAUCCUCUGCACUAAAUUCUUCGCCAUCAUUUGAAGAUGAGGCCAUGGUAAAGUGUCCCACAUGUGAUACUAAAUUGCAUCGUUACGAGGUGGCCAAUCAUUGUGAACAAGAAAUGCAACGUUUAAAAGAUCUACAGACACAUGCCCUUGCAGAAUCUCGUACUCAGCCAGACGAUGAUUGUAGUGGCGAGACCGAUGAGGCAGGACGUUCCACGUCAAAUGGUCAGUCGUCUACUUCAGAAAAACGUAAACCUUGGACUGUCUUUCAAAGAGUUCAAAGGAAUCGUCAGUCACGAUUGAAGCAACGCACCCGAAAACGCCCCUCGGCUCCCGAACAUCCAUGUCCCGUGUGCAAUCUAAAUUUCCCCCAAGACGAAAUACAACAACAUGCCGAAGACUGCUUGAGGCGAAGCAGACGUACUGCCAAUGGACGCAGUAAUAGUGAUGAACAUUCCAGUAAUGAUGAUGAGGAAGUGGGUGGUGGUGGUGGCGGCGAAGAGUACGAGGAAUAUGAAUGGGCCGGACAAAAACGUAUACGUGUUUCUAGUCUAUUGCAAGGUGGCUAUGCAGCUAUUGGCAUUGGCCAGCCUCUGACAAACGGCAGCAGCGGAAGUAGCGGUCAACGUUUAAAUGGUCAUCAAGAUGAUGAAGAAGACGACGAAGAUCUCAAUGUCGAUGAGGACGAUACUCAAAUCUAUGGACCAGCACAAUAUGGCGAAAGUGAUGUUAUACCAUCGCAUAUACUCAACGAAGACGAAAGUGAUGUUACCUCCUACAUGAGACGCUUAAUAACCGGUUCGUCCUCACACAGUCAGCUGAUCACAAAUUUAGAAAAUACCAAUGACAACUUAUGUUCACCACAACACAGCUUAGCCGGUGGUGAAACAACGGCCGGGACAUCAGAGACCACAGCUGAAACUGCAGUCCAGCCCUCAACACCUGCUCAUUACCAACAAAUAAUUGACUCAUUGAAGGCGAAAUUGCGGCACUAUGAGCAGCAACAUGUACCGGGCAAAUACAAGUGUCUCAUAUGCUUAGAUGAUUAUCGCAAUCCGGCCAUAUCGGUGGCCUGCUGGCAUGUGCACUGUGAACAGUGUUGGCUACGUUCACUGGGUGCCCGCAAACUGUGUCCGCAAUGCAAUUUGAUAACAACCCCAAAAGAUUUAAGACGUAUUUAUAUGUAAGCAAAUUUCUGUAUAAUUUGCUCCUUAAACUAAUAGAAUAUAUAAAUAAUAAUAAUAAUAAUUGUCAGGUAUGUUAAGCUAUACCAUAACGUUUGUAAACUGAAUUGUUUGGCUAUUGCUAAAAAAGUUUCAUCAAUUAUGAGUUACAUAUUAAAAAGUUGAAAUGUUAAACCAAUUUCUGUAGUAAACGUUAUGUUUAUCUAACACAUGCCUCUUGACUA